AUGGAUAUCUCAAUUCAUCCUUCGAAUUUCAACUCAGCUCAGAUGGCAACUGACCAGCGAGAGGGCGGCCCUGAUGACCUCUCAGUACAAACUGUCACUAUCACUUCAUCUCCAGCUGGUAUUUACCAGAACUCGCCUCCGCAUUACAACCCCUGCACCCUGGAGAACUGGCCGAGACACAUAUCCCAACCAGGCUUUAUGCCUUCCUUUCAAACUUCUCAAUACGCUUACCCUGUCGUUGGUACUGAUCCAUACAACAUGGCCCCGUCACAUCAAGAUCUUAGCAUCGACCAAACCAACUACAUCGACGCUUAUACCCCAUCCCACGUCAACCCAAUCAUGGAUUCCCCAGAUAUGAGUAUGGUAGCGGACGUCAAAGAGCAAUUUCUCCAUGACGACAACCUAAACUGGAAACCUUCUACUUUCAAGACAGAGGAGUACUAUCCUCACCAGGUUCAAUAUGGUACCCUCCAGCCAAUUCAAAAUUCCCCACCUUCGCCGCUGUCUACAAUCUCAUCGUACCCUUCGCCGCAAUCAUUUGCCGCUGGUAGCCCCGCGCGGACAGGCCGUACGACUGAGCAGAGCGGUGGAGAUACCAAAGAAGAUCGUGCUGGAAACCCUCCAUACUCAAUUCUCAUCUACCAGGCCUUGAAGAACGCUGAAGGAAACAAGCUCUCCCUUCAAGGCAUCUACAGAUGGUUCGAGGAGAACACCGAAAAAGCCAGGGACUCGAGUCACAAAGGAUGGCAAAACAGCAUCCGUCAUAACCUCUCGAUGAAUGCAGGCUUUGAGGCUGUGAAAGAAGAUAUGGGCCCAGGAAAGAAGACGAUUAAUUUCUGGAGGUUGACCCCAGAUGCUAUCAAGGAAGGGACAAUUCAAUCAACAACCAGAUACCGCAGGGGCUCACGAAAAGCAAACGGUCGUGUCUCUCGGCGUGAUUCGGGUUCUCGUGAGAGGCACGCCUCCAAGAAGGUGAAAACGUCCAACGCCAGCAAGGAUUGCCCGCAGGCCCAUAUCGAAACCGACUACCUUCCUAUGGAGUUCUCAUCAAUGCCUUACAUGCACAAUCCAAUUCCCUCGGGUCUCCCUAAUCUCAACAAUACGAUGGCUAUGCCGCGAUUCGGUAUGGGCCAUGUCACCGGCUGCACAUCCCAGUUCCCAGAGAACAACGGAGUCUUCGUUGAUGGCGGCCUGGAGCCAGACUUUGCACCACCAUUUGCCAUGGGCCAUAGCUGGUAUGCACCGGGUCCACACGAUAGGGCCGCCACAGGCUCGAACACUACAGUCGAUCUCCAUGCUACAAUUUGA